AACUUCACAGCAUGUACAGUUGCAUGCAAAGUGUAACUGUAUAUACUCUUUUAUUUUUAGAAGUCUCAGAACUAGGUUAACUCUUCAGGCUUUAUUUCAAGAAUCAAUCAUUGUUAUUAGGAACUGGCAGAUGGUGACAGUUCCAGAGUAUAAAUGAUGUGACUCUUUAAACCUUGUGCUAACACUUGGGCUUCUCUAAGCAACUAACUGAGAAUCUGAAAAUGAUAAGUGAUGCCUACAAAAGCACCUGUCUAGGGAAGGCUACAAGAGGAUGAAGUGUCUCCAGCUCAUACUGUCCACUGUCAUUACAGUAAAAUGACACUUAAUAAAAAUGUGGAGCUUCUUUUUGGUUGUUUAUGUUUUGUCCAGCCCUGUUAAUCAGCAUAAAAUUACUCUAAUACACUUUACAGGCAUGUUCACACAGCUUCCAAAGCUCCAUCAUCACAUGAAGUAUCACAUUAGGUUCAUUCGGAGCUUCUGUUCACAGAGACCCUUACCUGUUUUAACUCUCUUCACCAAGGAUCCAUGUCCUUUAUGUGACGAAGCCAAAGAAGUGCUUGAACCGUAUAAACACAGAUUUGUGUUACAGGAGGUUGACAUUACUCUUCCUGAAAACAUUGUGUGGUAUGACAGAUACAAGUAUGACAUCCCGGUGUUUCAUCUGAAUGGACAGUUUUUGAUGAUGCAUCGAGUGAACACAAAGAUCUUGGAAAAGCAGCUGUCCAAAUCAGAGAAAGAACCUGUAUAAUUAUGCACACAUUUAAUGUUAACCUGUAACAUAGCUCAGAGUUAAGUGCAGCUUCACGAUUUUGGGUUUUAUGCUCAUUGUACAGAUCUAUUUAAAGUCUUUAGUUUACAUUUGAUUAUAUGGUAUUAGGUAUUAUUAUAAGGUGAAGUCAGUGCUAAACAGCAAACCUGUUUUCUCUGUAUCUGCAUGUCUAUGUUUUUCCCACCUUCCAGAAACAUGCAGUGCACAAAUGUAUUUGUCUAAUACAACAUAUUGGAAACAUAAACCAUUAACUAUUAAAUGUGCCUAAAGUUC